ACGCCUCUUUACCUCCGCAGAACCAGUCCCCAUCGUCCAGCGUGAUUGCGCUCUCUGGUCGUGAGCUGACUCGCAUGCUCUCUCCGCCUGCCGAUCGCCGCCGCGUUGCACUUCCCGUUCCACCAGCGGAAUUUGCCCUCCGCUGCGCCGCCACGAGGACUGCCGAAGACCAUGCCCCCCGCCAACACGCCUCUUGAAUCUCCGUCUCGGACACCAGCAGCAGCUGGUGCGUCGCCGCCGCAAGGUUCGACCCCGGUCCCCAUUCCUACGACGUCUUUGCGCCUCCAGAGUAGCCGGCCCGACGACGCUGCCCAUGACGACAACCCGGGUCUCCCCCGCGUCCGGAUGCGCUACUCCGCCGAUUCCUCGUCCCUCAGCCGACAGCGGCGCCGACGGCAACAGUAUCUGACAGAGGAGGACGGUGGCCAUCGGAUGGAGUUGGACGACAUGCGGAGCGCGCGCAUGGGGGUCGAGGUCAACCGCCGCAUCCCCAUCAUCCGGCGUCCGCGGGAGGAGGCGGGUAACCGACCGAACUAUGAAGGUCGCGUUUCGAGCCUGCGGUCGCUCUACGGAUGGGCGCCUGGGUCGGACGAUGAUAACGAGGAGCCGUUUCCCGAUACGAGCGCGAUCUCGUCGUGGUUCGGGCGACCGGCUGAUUGGGAACCGGCUCGGAAUGCGCCGUCACGGCGCCAUCUGCGACGCGAGAACGGCGGUCGGACAUCGUCAGCCCUGACCGGGGAUUCUUCAGACAGCGGCAGUCGGAGUCGGAUCCCCGACGCGGCCCUUUCAACGGAAGGGUUACUACAGUCUAUCCGACGACAGCCUCGGCUUCCUAGAACACGGACCCUACGAGAUUACCUUUUGGAUCAACAUCGAGAACGUGGUGCAGGCCAGGAGGCCGAAGAGCGAGACCGCCCUGGGUCAUUGGUCUCAAGGGCAUAUCGUGUCCUACCGAGUAACCGGGGGGAGUCUCACCGCAGUCCUACUAAUGAUGACCGGCCACGCAUCAAUCUUCAUCGGCUCUUGCACAUCGAAAACCCGCCCAGUCCGAAGUUGCAAGAGACAAUCAAGUAUCUGGAGGGUCUCCGAUACUCCGGAUCCUACGCGGAAAGCAUCUCAUCCGCCGCUGCUGGCGGCCUGAUUCCGUUGGACCUCUUCGCUUGGGACGAUGACGACUUCAUCCUCGACACAGCCUCCCUGGCACCGCCGCCUGAAUGUUCCUGGCUGAGGCCCGGGGUGGUCUUUUCCGGAUCGCAGCGAGCCGCCUCCAGCAAUACUCUCUUCAGUCGGGUCUCGAAUCCGAGCAUGUCAGCACAGGACCCAGUGAUCGUCAACGGUAGUGAAACGGGCCGCAUCAGCGUAUAUACGACCAGCGGGCGACGAUACCUUGCACCUAGUACCGUGUCGCAACCGGGAAACACCAAGGACGACGACUGGCCGGUCAAAGUCACCAUCCAUAGCAUCAAUUAUAAAGACAUGACCUUAUCGGGAACAAUGGAGGCCUAUAACAUUCCAGAUAAGACCUCGCCGACGCACGAUGCACAUAUUAUCACUUUUCUGGAGGGCGAGAUCAUCGACUUCAACACGCAUACUCUUGAAACCAAGAAUUUCCGCGCCGAUGCCGGAAUCGACAGUACAUAUUGGCGCGAGCUGCAGCCCUUCAAGGAUCUGACAGACGACGAGAUGAUCAAAAACCUUGUGAGCAAGAAAUGGAUCUCGGAUGACUUGGUGGGGGGAUGGAUUCUGAUGCGCUGGAAGGAGCGCUGUUUCAUUACCCCUACCGACUCACGACAAGGCCUCACCAUCUCCGGGUUUUAUUACAUCUCUCUGCGUCGUGACAACGGACAAAUCGAAGGUCUCUACUAUGACCCGGGAAGCUCGCCCUACCAGCAGCUCUCGCUGAAGCCGGAAACGAACAAGAUGGUCCGUCCGUCAUACUGUUUCCGAUAGUAUACCGUAUAUAGAACUGAGCUACUCGAUUGGCGGCUUUCUUUCUCUGAUUCAAUUAGCGUGGCAUGGCGUUGACUUUGUCUAUAUGGUUCUAUCAUUGAGUAGCCUAGCUGUCAUAUUCUAUUAUCUCUUAGCACAUACUGUUACUCGUGGCGAAUUACUUAGUUGACUCAAUUGAAAGGGUCCAACACUACAUCUACUCAAAAAGACAUUUGACUGUGA